CAUAGACUAUCUAUCAAUCUAUUGUUUAUUUUGUUUUCAUGAAAAGUGUGGUUAAAAAUGAUGUUUAUAACGAAAAAAUAUUUAAAACUUUUUAAUCGUUUUUAAAUAAGUGAUAAGAAAUAUAAGGCAUUUUCAUUCUGUAAACAUUUUUAAAAGAUGACAUUUACAUUCUACUUAUAUUAACUUUAAUUUCUGAUAACGAAUUAAACAUGGGAUCAAACGAAUUAAAAACUAACAAAAUUUGCAGAACUUGCUUAAGUGAAAACGAUGAAAUGAGGUCGUUAUUCUCUUCCGAUGAGACUUUUGAAAAGUGUGCAAAACUGUAUGAAAUCUUAAUGAAGAUAACAACUUUUAAUGCAAGUGAAGAUGAUGGAUUACCAACACAAGUGUGCUUACAAUGUGCUACAUUCUUAUGCAAAGUCCAUUCCUUUCAACUAAUGUGUGAAACUUCAGAGACUACUCUAAGACAUCUAUUAACCACAUCAACACAUGAAGAGACAGCUUCUUCAUAUAUUAAAAUUGAUGAACAAGUUGAAGAUAACAAUAGCGAUACAAAGAUAGAUUUCAGUAGCGAUUAUGAUGAUGUAAAGUCUAUAGAUACCAAUUUUGAAUUAAUUUCUAGAGACAUUGAGAAAGAAGUUAUUUUGGAGGAGAGAAAUGCUGAUGAACCAAAAGACAGUAAUACAGGAAAGGAGUCAUGUAAGGAUGAUACAGAACAGCCAAUAUAUCCUUGUGAAGAAUGUACUGCUUGCUUUACCACAAAAAUUGAUUUAAAAGUUCACAAUCGAAUCCAUUCAAAAUGUGACCGUCAUACUUGCAAGGUCUGUAAGCAAAGUUUUGCCAGUGCUAGUACACUAUGCCGUCAUAUGAAAGUUCAUAACGGUAUUAAACGUCAUUUGUGUUCAGAAUGUGGAAAGGGCUUUUCGAGAUCAGACGAUCUUACACGGCACCUAAGGACUCAUACCGGGGAAAAACCUUUUGGUUGUAAAAUAUGCGGCAAAGCAUAUGCGCAAUCGUUUAGACUUUUGGAACAUAUGCGAGCGCAUGCAAACGAGAAGAGUUUCAUAUGCUCUUCAUGUGGGAAAGCAUUUUCACGGUACACAAGUCUUGCUGCUCAUUGCAAGACUCAUAGUGGAUAUAAAAGUCAUGAAUGUACAAUUUGUGGUAAAAGACUUUGUGGCUCAGGUUCUUUGGCCAUGCACAUGAAAAUUCAUACGGGGGUUAAAGAUCACAUUUGUCCCUAUUGUGGUAAAGGAUUUACGACCCCCAGUAACUUAAUUAUACAUAAAAGAACACAUACGGGGGAACGACCUUAUGUGUGUAAGACAUGUGGAAAAGGAUUUCCUGAUCCUUCCCGUCUAACAGUACACCACAGGUCACAUAGCGGCGAGAAGCCCUACGUGUGCACCACAUGCGGUAGAGGAUGCGUUAGUUCUUCUCAAUUAAAGAAACACGUUCGAAUCCAUACGGGUGAGAAACCCUACAGGUGCAGCAUGUGCUCAAAAGCAUUCCCACGAAGCGAAGAUCUCCGAAUUCAUGUAAAAACUCACACGGGAGAACGGAAUUAUGUUUGCGUUGUGUGCAGGAAGGGAUUUUACCAAGCGUCAACUCUAAAGGUUCAUUUGCGAAUUCACACGGGGGAAAAACCGUACUCGUGCCCACUAUGUGAUAGGACUUUUUCUCAAACGGGCCCUCUUUCUACACACAUGAAAAUUCACCAUCCGUGCUCUUCAUAAUUAUAAUUUAAGAUAUUUACAUUGUUUUAACGCAUUAUUUAUACUUUCGCUUACACGUCGAUAAAUAAUACAUAAUCUGUUUACGAUUAGCCUAAAACGUGAAAGUAUUUUCAAUGUUCAAUCAUGCGUUUUCUCUUUUGUUUUGAGACGUUUCGUAACAGUUGAAAGAACACAGGAACCUAAUUUGUUCAACUACCCAAGACUGCAUGUUUCCUGUGAAAUUAUAAACUUUAAAAGUAAAUAAUUCUAAUUAAAUGCUUCUUACUCAUGUUUUUGUGUUAAUCAAAUCUUAAAUUCUGAUUUCUUCAUUUUAAUACAUAUAAUAUAAGUAUUAAAAAAUAGGUACUUGUACCUAGUUUGUGUUUCAGUUUAGAUUUCUUAAAAAACGAAGACUAUAGACAUAUUUGCAUUGUUAAAGGGCAUAGUUAACUGUAUAUGUAGAUACCUUACACAUAAUCGUUGUACAUAUAUUUAUUAAUUAUUAAAUCAUUUUAUUUAGAUUUUUAUAAAAAAUGCCCUACUUAUACUCUCACGACAUUUUUCUAUUUUUCUUAUUUUGUAUUUGUAACCAAUUGAAUGUAAAUAGUAAUUUACAAUAGGAAUUAAUAUUAUUUAUUGAAAUGUAUUACCCAGAUAUUAAA